AUGGCUGCCCCGCGCCGGGAUCCCCGCCCCGCCGCGGGCGUCGCGGCCGGCCUCCUCGUCGUCUGCCUGGGCGCGUCGAGCCUCUGGGCGCCGUCCGCACCCGGCGCCGCCCAGCUCGCCGCCAUCUCGAGCGCCAGCCGCCCCAGCGGGCAGUCCAUCCAGAAGGCGGGCCGCCCCGCGGGCACGUCGCUGCCCACGGCCACGAACGAGAAGCGCGCCGCCGGCGACCCGACGAAGCCGACGUCCUUCACGUCCGGCGCCCUGCUCUACAAGCGGACCCACGCCGUGUCCGACGCCGUCGCGGCCGUCGACUUCGUGCAGUCGAAGUUGGGCCUGCCGCUCGACCUCAACGGCACCUACCACUGCGCCGCGGGCAGCCCGGGCUACACGGCGUCGCUCGCGGGCCGCGCGGACCUCUGCGCGCGGCGCGCGCUCUUCAGCGGCCUCGGCGGCUUCAGCGUGCACUACUACGAGAGCCACACGACGCAGGACGGCGCCGUCUCCGUCGGCGACUGGGUCGACGCGUGGACGUCCAUGCACAACUUCAGCGCGGCGGACUUUUCCUGGAACGAGUUCGUCCACCAGGGCAUGACCUUCUGGGCGCCGACGCUCGACCCGUUUUUGGGAUUCUGGGGCCACGACGUCGCGGUCUUGUAUCGGAAGUACGUCGAGUCCUCGUCCGGCGACCGGGUCUACUCCGCGCGCGUCGUCGUCCCGGGCAGCGGGCACGUCGUGGAGAUCGUGUCGCGCAACGUCAGCGACCCCAAGCCCUUCUCGAACUACUCGGAGGUCGGCGAGUGCCCCGAGGCGAACCACCUCGCGUCGACGAUGGCCGAGCUCGAGGACCAGUGGACCAAGUUCGGCGGCUCGAGCCACGCGGAGGACCUGGGCCUGCCGGAUCUACUGAUUGCGCAGAUCACGAUGCCCGUCGCCAACGAGGCGGACACGCCGCGCUUCGGCGACUUCCUUCGGACGCACCUCUCGCCCGAGGACCAGCGCACCGUCCGGUCCUCGGAGAAGACGAUCAUCGAGAAGAACGGCCGGACGACCUGCGCCCACGCGGACACGAUGGUGUCCCUCACGCUCAACGGCUCCUACCAGGUGCCCAUCCGCUACGUCUACAACGCGGACGCGGCGCGGACCGAGGGCCGGUCCGUCCACGUCUACGGGACGCUCUACACGGACCACCUCGACGAGGUCAUGGGCUGCGACGCCGCCUACGCGCGCUACGCCGACUGGCACGUCGGCAUCGAGACCGAGGCGACCCUGGACUACAGCGCGGCGCGUCUUUGCGCGAACGACGUCGGCUUCAAGAACGGCGGCACGACGAACCUCACGCAGCUGAACCUGACGACGACGGCGGGGCCCUUCAACUGGACGGCGGCGGACGCGAACAUUACGAAUGCCAUCCUCGGGUCGAACUGGUGCCGCGGCACGAACGGCCUGGGCGUCGAGUUUAGAGGGACGUACGACUUCGACUUUUUCAAGAGCGACGCGAUCCGCCUCCUGGACUACUGCUCGCCGACGGGCAACCCGCGGCCCUGGGGGUUCGCCCAGGACGACGAGAACCAGAUGGAGUGGUGCCCCUACGACUUCGACGAGGACUGCGACGACUGCGGCGAGCCGGCGACGACCGCGGACGACGGCGACGACGCGCCCGCGGUCGCCGGCACGGACGACGUCGCCGACGCGUCGGGCGGCGGCGGCGUCGCGGCGACGGACGACGCCGCGGACUCGUCCGGCGGCGGCGUCGUCGCGGCGACGGACGACGUCGCCGACGCGUCGGGCGGCGGCGUCGUCGCGGCGACGGACGACGUCGCCGACUCGUCCGGCGGCGACUCGUCCGGCGGCGACUCGUCCGGCGGCGACUCCUCGCCGUGA